AUGGCCGCCCCUCUCAGUCCCGAUGAAGUCAAGUCGAUCUUCACGAUAGAUGUUCUAGCCAAUCGAAUAUUUCUGGCGUCCGCUGUACUCUACAUAUACGACACACUCCUCACCCUUCCGAUGGAGAUCCACGGUGUCUGGUUCAAAGGAUGGAAUGCGACAUCCAUUCUGUAUGGAGCGAAUAGAUACAUAUAUAUUUUGGCUCAAUUCUCAGGAAUCAUCGCUUCCUUCGGAGAUGGAUCGUCGUCUAUUCGAUGCACCGCUAUCGGUAUCGUGAGCGAUCUGGGCCUCGUUCUUGGCGGGGUCUUGACGAGUUGCUUGUUCGCACUACGAAUGUAUGCAUUAUAUGGCCAAAAUAUCGUAGUAUUGCUCGGUUUGGGCAUGCUCAUCAUUGUCAAGCUCAUCCUCGAUAUUUUGGAUACAUUUGUGGCGCAAAUGAACAAGAAGUCCAGUAAUUUCUUGGCUACAGGCCUACUGAACACAACGGCGUGCGUAGUGGCCUACACGGAUAAGCUUCCCGGCGGCAUUCUAUUCAGUCGAAGGGGCCAGCUAGCGGAAGUGACCCUUGCGCUACUCUUUGACGGCAUUGUGUUUGCCUUGACCAUAGCAAAAACGUACCGACAUGCUCGUACUAUGAGAAAGCAAGGACAGUCCAGCAUCACCGAGACUCUUCUACGUGAUGGUGGUGCAUAUUUCAUGGCUGUCCUGACCAUUCAAGCUCUGAAUACCGUCAUUGUUUUGUAUACGUAUAUCACGCAAGCUCAGGUCCAAAAUAUGGCCUCGACGUUCUUCCAGCUCCUCUCACCGUUCGAAAAUAUGAUCCCUGUCCUUCUGGCCAAUCGUCUUUAUCUCAAUCUCAAGACCUGGGACGACCCAGACAAGGAUGUCUCCCAACGUACAAGCGAGCUCUCUGGUAUCGAUUUCGCGGGAAGUGCUAUGCUUGGACGAAUAGGGGCUCCGAUCCGGACUAUGGAUGAGGACGUCCUGUACUUGCAAACCUCCGUCACCGACCAGGACCCAUAUGAAGGCAAAGCCAACAACUCUGUUCAUGUGGAGGCCGAAAACAGGCCAAUGUCACCCGUGAUCUAUAAGGUGUACGAUGGUGUGGUGGAGAACACGGAAAACAUAGAAAUGGUAACGGUUCCAAGGCCGAGUUGCGGUGCAGACUAA